UUUAUUUAUUCUAAAAAUUAUUUUUUUGAAAAAAGAUUUUUCAUUAAUGACAUGCCCCUGUUUGUGGAAGACGUAGAGUGGAGUGAGACUGAUACUGUUAUUACUUUGAUUGUGCCUUUAAAAGGUGCUUCUAUUAAAAAAAUUGAUAUCUUUUCUACAAACAAUUAUAUAAAGUUGAGUUUUCCUCCAUAUAUAUAUGAAUUGGCAUUAUAUUCUGAAGUAGAUGCAGAAUUGUCAAAAGCUACUGUGGCUGAAUCUCAAGUUAUUUUUCAUUUAUGUAAAAAAGUUACUGGAAAAUGGGGACAACUGCAAGCUGUCAAGUCAAAUGAAAAAAAGUUUAUGUGUGACCUCAGAAAUGAAGCUUUAAAAUGGUUUCAGGAAAAAGAAACUGAAAAAUCAAAGAAAGCAUGUCAAGAUAAAGACCUAUUAAAGAAGUUUACUGUGCAACAACAAAUGAAGCUCGAGGAUGAUGAACGUCAAUCUAGAAAUCGCUUGAAAGAUUUACAAGUACAGAAUAUUUCUGAAGAUAUAGAGGCCUGGAAACAAAAUUGUUCCACCAAUAAUAACAAUGAAGUUCAUCAUAAAAAUUCUGAAAAUUUAAAAUUAAAAACAAACAAUGAGUCGCAUACUAAUGUUUUGGCUCCGCGCCAAUGUGGUAAAAUACAAGUAUCUUUUACUCCAAGACAGCUCCCAACACCUGCAAGAGAGUCAAAGUUACCUGAAGAAGAAAUUUGGCUGCAAAAACUAGCUCAAAUGAAUAAAGUUAGAGAAAAUCUUGAUUCUGAUUUUGAACACAUUGAUGAAAAAAAUCCCAUGUGGCUUAAAGACAAAGGAGAUUGUUUCUUUAAACAAGGAAAUUUUUUGGCGGCAAUCAAUGCUUAUACUGCAGGAUUAAUGCUUGAUUCAAAAAUACCAGCUCUUUUUGCAAAUCGAGCAGCUUGUCAUUUGAGUUUGAAGCAAUAUCAAGAAUGCAUUCAAGAUUGCUCAUGUGCCUUGGAAUUGUACCAUCCGCCGGUUUUGUCUAAUGCGCUGUCGAGAUGCCGUAUUUAUGCACGUCGUGGUGCCGCUUUUUUUAAAAAAGAUCAAUACAUUGAAGCUCUCUAUGAUUAUGAAUCAGCUUUAAAAUUGGAUCCAAAAAAUACUUCUUUAAUAUCAGAUACAGGCAAGAUCCGGAAAGUUAUACAAGGUGAUAGUUAGAAAGAGUUACAGUAGACACAUUACAUGAGUUUUUACUAAAUACAUUGUUUAUAUAUUAUUUGUUUUUUAAAAUCUAAUAUAUUUUCAAGGUCCAAGUGGCUUCAAUACUA